AUGUUACGGGAGGGCACUGACCCGAGCGAGCAGAGAGGAAACCACCCCUCGGUGCACCGUAGUGGGUACACCCCUGGUUAUACCGUAGAAGCCGCCGCCGCCGCCGCCGCCGCCGCCGCCGCCGCCGGUCCCUGCAACCAGCCCUGCGAUGAUCUACCCUCGACGUCCGCCACCCCCGUCGGCGAGCGUUCACCGCCCUCUCUCGCGUCAUCCUUGUCUCUCCGCUUCGUCGUUCUCUGUCUGUCUUUCCACUGUCGCUGCCGCCGCGCCGCGACCACCACCCCAACAUUGUCGAUGAGGGUGCAGCAGCAACAGCAGCAGCAGCAGCACCAGAGCCCGGGAUACCCAUUAUCCUCCUCUCACAAAUCACCUGGACCACCGUUUACGCAUCGCGGAGUGUCUUGUGCGAGCAGCCGGGAUUCCGGCAAGAGACUCUGUACCGGCGCUAUCGCUGAUAGGAUUAAAGGACAGAUUGAACAUUUGCAACUUGCGCCAAGUGCAAAGGGUACAUUUAUUCUCGAUCAUUCAUCAGUUGCGAUUGUAAUACGAUCAUGUUACAAUCAAUACUCGUGA